AUGCCAGGGGCUCCGAUCCUCUUCGUCAUCCCCUGGGUGGUCAUGCGGCAGCUAUACGAGAACACGCACUGUUGGGAGAGGAAUGACAACCGCUCGUACUGGUGGAUAAUCCGCUCUCCCAUCCUGCUGGCCGUGCUGGUGAAUUUCAUCAUCUUCCUGCGGAUUCUGCGCAUCCUGGUCCUGAAACUUCGAGCCAAUCAGAUGAGGAGGAGUGACCGCAAGUACAGGUUGGCCAAGUCUACGCUGACGCUGAUUCCUCUCCUCGGGAUCCAUGAAGCCGUCUUCAACCUCAUCCCUGAGGAGAGCGCGACGGGCCGGGUGCGGUACAGUAAGCUGGGCCUGGAACUGCUGCUCAGCUCCUUCCAUGGGCUGCUGGUCGCUCUGCUGUACUGCAUCUGUAAUAAGGAGGUUCAGGCCGAGCUGCGCAGGAAGCUCCAGGACACCUUCCAAGGAGAACACCCAUCAUGUGCCCCCCGAUCCCUGCGCCCCCCCUCCCAGAAGAGCCCAUGCUGCAGAGAACCUGAUGUCUGA